CCUGACCUGAGACUUGAAAUGCUGAUUCCAAGAAAACCCUGGACACCAGAUAACUAGAAACUCAUUGAAAGGGACCUUCAUAGGGCUAGUUUCACAGUCUCAUGGGAAAAUAGAGUCAUGCCUUCUCCUCAUUCUCACACCUUGCGCUCACUCAUGUUUAAACUCUAAUCCGAAUUCCCACUUGGGCCAAAAUUUAAUUUAGCUUCUAACCCCAGUAUUGUACUUAAAUUUCUUUUCUGUGCUCGUUGUUCGAGUUUAAUACCGCUUGAGCUGUGUGACGAGUUAUUGGACUGGAUUCGGUGGAAGUGAGAAAUGCUGGACAGAUGAAGACCAGGCAAUCAGGACGAAGAGGCGUGAAGUUGGCGGACAUGGCGGCAAAUGUGGCGGCGUCAACCGGUGCGAUGUCGGCUGAGCAGCAACAGCAACCACAAAAGAUGGACGGCCAAAAGUCGAUGGACGCCGACUCAUCAGUGGCGCCUCUGGCAUCUGCCGACGCCCCCAUGAUGAUGAUGAUGAACUCGUCCUCCAACAACAGCAACAACAACAACAACAGGAGUCCCUCGAAACGCGACGACGACGACUGUUGCCCUCCCCCAUGUUGCCCACCCCCGGACAUGAAGAUCUGCUGUUGCCGUGGCCCCUGUGGCUCCACCACCAUCACCGAAAAGAAGACCAAGUGCGGGUGUUGUCGCACCAUUGAAACUGUCAACCGGUGCGGGUGCACCAAGAACACGAUUCUCAAGACUCCCUGUGGCUGUUGCAAGACGUUCGAGCGGCGUGACAAGUGCGGCAGUUGCGAGAAGCGGCUGGAGAAGGUGACCAAUUGCGGGUGUUGUCGCAUGAACCUCUGCAUUGGGCCGUGUGGGUGCACCAAGACGACGCAGACCAUCUACCCGGACAAGGUGGUGCGGACGCACGAGGCCAAGAGUCGGUGCGGGUGCUUCAACUUCCGGGACACCAAGAGCAAGUGCGGCGGGCCGGAGAUCAAGUGCGUCGAGUGCAUACUGCCCGGGGGCAGGUGCUGCCGGUGCUUCGAGGAGCGCAACAAGUGCGGGUGCAAAAAGUGCAUCGAGAACGUGGACAAGUGCAGGUGCAAGUGCUGCAAGCUCCAGAUCUGUGUUGGGCCAUCUGGCUGCUGUAAGACCCAGGUCUGCAAGAACCAGUGCAUGUGCUACAGGGCCACUGAGGGCCACAACAAAUGCGGUUGCUGCAAGGUUUCCGAAUGGAAAAACAAGUGCGGUUGCUUGAAGGUUUCCGAACGCCGUAACAAGUGCGGCUUCGGCUGCAAGACCACCAUUUGCAAAACGCCCUGCGGCUGUCGCAAAAUCAUCGAGAACAUCACUCCUUGUGGCUGCAGCACCUGCAUCGAGGGCUGCAACAAGUGCAUUGAUCGGGGUUGUUGCAGGAUCGUCAAGUACUAUUGCCAGGACUGCAAGAAGGUCAUGCCCAAGUGCUGCGAUGAUGUGGGCCCCAGCUAUGAUGCGCCAUCUGGCGCCAAUAGCAAGAUUCGCCGCGAUGCUGUCAUGGCCAAGUUCACUGGCUCCAGACUGAAUCCCUUCUCACUGAGCAACAGCUUGAGCCGCUUGUCGGUCAUGCGCCUCAAGGAGAUGUCCAAGUGCACACCAGGUGUCACUGGCAGCACC